UUAGACCUUUGAAUAGAAUUUGUAAUAUCGUAUUACGGUAGUUUGCUAUUUUAACCGAUAUAUCCGUCGAUUUUGACGAGAAUUGCCUUCGUCAUGUGUUAAACGUUUGAUUUUUUAUCAAACCUAAAAUGGAUGGAGAUAGUGGACGAAAUUUGAGAACGUAUACCCGAAAGAACUACGACGACAAUUUAGAUGAUGAGAUAGAAGGGAAAAGGACAUUCAGUGUUCAAGAGAAACUUGCAAAUGCAAAAUUUCGUGAAGGGAAUUUUGUUGAAAUAUUACCAAAUGCAAAUGAUAUUAACUUGAAAUAUAUUCAAGAACAUGGUUUUGAUUCGCCCUUCUUAUUUCAAUCGCACGAAGGUUUAGGCAUGAGAAUGCCACCUUCAGAGUUUACUGUCGAAGACGUAAAGAAUUAUGUAGGUGCUCGAAGAGUUGUGGAUGUCAUUGAUGUUAAUACCCAACAACAGAUUGAAAUGAGUAUGGCACAAUUUGCUAAAUACUACGUUAACCCGGAUCGAGAAAAAAUCUAUAAUGUUAUCAGUCUUGAAUUUAGUCAUACAAGACUUGAAAAUCUCGUACAAACACCGUUAUUGGUGCGUCAACUGGAUUGGGUUGACAACGUUUGGCCGAAAGAACUCAUUAGACAGCAAAGAGACUCUACUAAUAACAUGGACGAUAUGAAAUAUCCCAAAGUUCGCAAAUAUGUAUUAAUGAGUGUUCGCGAUAGUUAUACAGAUUUUCAUAUUGAUUUCUGUGGUUCUUCUGUUUGGUAUCACAUUGUACGUGGAAAGAAGGUGUUUUGGCUGAUUCCCCCCACCGAAAAGAAUCUUUCAAUUUAUGAAAACUGGGUGCUGUCUGGUAAACAACAAGACGUCUUUCUUGGUGACCAAGUUGAGAAAUGUUUUCUUGUAGAAAUGACGGCUGGUAACACAUUUCUUAUGCCUUCAGGUUGGAUUCAUGCUGUUUAUACACCAGAGGACAGUUUGGUGUUUGGCGGAAAUUUCAUUCAUUGUUUCAAUAUUGAAAGACAGUUCAAAAUUUGUGACAUCGAAGAAAGAACGAGGGUACCAAAGAAAUUUCGCUAUCCACUACACACCGAGAUUAUGUGGUAUUUGGUAAAACAAUACGUUGCAUUAUUGGAGCGCGACCUGCAAGAACACGGAAAGAAGCCUGGUUCUAGUGAUGACGUCAUCGUAAAUGGGUCAACGAGGGACAGCGAGGAAAGACAACGACGUUCGUUGAGGGAUUCCCACAAAGUGAGUGAUGAAAAUAAAGAAAAUGCAUUUAAAGGACAAUAAAGCCGACAAAAUGGUGAAGAAGUUAAUCAUGUAGCUUCAACGUUGGUCAAAAAACCCUGGGUCCCUGUAUAUCUUACGUCACACGAAGUGAAAGGCCUGAUGCUUGUGGUCUCCCGAAUGAAGAGUUGGUCAACAACAAAUGUCCCUGAUGAUUUGAAAACCCAAGUCAACUUCUUGAUAGAUUGGGGGAUUGAGGAUGAAUUGUUAAAAUCUCAGAAAGAUAAUAAUCCUACGUUGGCCAUUACAGGCAUACAUUACAUGAAACAAAUGUUUCCAAAUGAGGAAAUUGAUGGAGAAAGACGAACGAAGUCAUUGCGCAUGCCUCGUAAACCCAACUCCUCAUUGCGUCGUCGUCGUGUUAGAUGUCGAACUUGUGAUGCGUGUACUCGUGAGGAUUGCGAGCAAUGUAGAUAUUGUAAAGAUAUGAAGAAAUAUGGUGGACCUGGCGUACUUAAACAAUCAUGUAUGAUGAGACAAUGUCAGGACCCGACACUUCCUGCCAAGGCGACAUGUUCAAUAUGUGAAACAAGUUAUCCCGAUGAUUCUGAUACCCUUAUGGAGUGUGGAUCAUGUGGAAAAAUCGUGCAUCCCACGUGUAUGCCACCUAAAGGUUAUUUCGUCAUUGUUCCGGAUCUCAAUAAUUGCUGGAAGUGUCCUGAAUGCUGUGAUAGACACACUGGCGAACCUUUCAAUGGACAGAAAUUGAAAGCUAGAAGAUCCAUAGCUGAACUCAAAGAUGCACAAUUGUCGUCAAAAGUAUCUUCAUCUGUCUUCAAAGUCGAUAAAGCUUCGAAACGUAAGAGAGAGCGCGAAGCAUCGAGCUCCUCGUUAGAUGCUGAUGACGACACGGAAACCAGUGAAGAGAGCUCUGAUGAUGACAACAAAUAUGAUGAAACAGCUCCAUUGGCAAACUUGGCAAAGAAACGUCGUCUCAACUCACCAGUUAAAGUUCCUUUCGUUCCUCCACAGGAGAUAUCUCCAACACAUGUCCUGCGACCUCGUCCCAGUUCCCCACUUCCAGAAACAUUUGAUGCAGAGUCUGGUGAUGUGCACGUGUUGCGUCGUGAUUUAUGGUUGAAAAUAUUCGAGCAUCUCUCACACGAAGAGUUAUGCACGUGUAUGGCAGUGUCUCGAACAUGGAACAGAUGGUGCAUGGAUCGAAGAUUUUGGAUCAAUGUCAAAUUAGCCGUUGGCAAACCUAUUACGGCUUCGGCACUUUCCGGUGUCGUACGUAGGCAGCCGCUUUCUCUGGAUGUUAGUCACACAAACAUUACACAUAAGCAAUUGGUGUGGUUUCUAGGCAGGUUACCAAGGCUAAAAGAUCUUAGGUUACAUGCGACCACAUUCGCAACGGUCAGCGCUUUUACCAGAGUCACUUGUCCCCCUCUUAAGGUGUUAGACUUGAGUUGGUCAGAGAAGAUAACGGACCAAGUUAUAGAAGUUUUACUCAAACCACCGAGUAACGGACGACGUGAGAAACCUCCUGGACCUGGGGAAAAUACUAGUCGACUACGUUACCUGACUGACUUAGUGUUGGCAGGUUGUGAGAUAAGUGACGUUGGAAUAAGAAGUAUAAAACGUUAUCUCACAUGCUUGAAAAGAUUAGAUGUGAGUUAUAACGUUCUUAUUACCGAUGAAGGGAUCACAUCGUUGUUGGAAAACGACUGCAACUCAAGCAAAAACAUACAGGAAGUGAAUCUUACUGGCUGUAAUCAACUCAGCGAUUCCUGUUUACAAACCGUAAAGAAAGAUUACCGUGUUGUCGUGUAAAGAAAAUUAUCCUUGAAAAAGAACAUCUUAUGUCACUUUUUAUUGUCAACAUCGACUUUCCACUUAUCCACAGUAUUGAAGUCAGUCAAUGCUUUGAAACUUCGCCCAUGGUCGUGUUCAAUGUGUGUAAAAUUUCGUUUUCAAUUUCAAAAUCACGGAAUUAUUUGGUUAGCUUACUAUUUAAAUGGUGAAAUUUUUGUUAA